UGUAUAUUUUACUCUUUCAUUCAAACACCCAGUAAACUGAUGCGAGAUCUUCACUCUGCUCAACCCUCCUUCCCAUACCACCUUGGCCUUUGCCUCCGCACAAGUUCAGCUUUCCUUUCCUAAAUUCCUGGUGUAUAAGUUUUCUAAAAGAAACAGAAAGGCAAAUCAGAACCAGAAUGUAAAUGUUUUGUUUCCUUUAUUACCACUCACCAUAGUCCAAAGCUCUUUAGUAAUAAGUAAUGCAACGAAGUUGAUGCCAAAACACUGACAAAGUUGUCUGAAUCCCUGGCUGUGCCCGUGGCUCUCUGGAGUAGCCCCGGACUUCGGACUGAUGGAUUAAACCCCGAGUGCCCUGCCCUGUGAGCUACGACCUCGCACCGGUCUGUUUGCUUAAUGCGGCCUGCUAGGUCCAAACACACAACCUGCUUAGGGUGUGAUCACUCCACGGAGCAGCCAGCAAACUCCGGGGAUUCCCCUCCUAUUCCCCCCGACCCGACCCCCCCCCCCCCCCCCCCGCGAGCCCGUGACCGGUCCGCCUGCGGAAGUCCCGCCCAGAGCCGCCCCAGCUCGCCAGGCUCCGCCCCGCCGCAGCCGCUGUCCUCACGCCGGUGCUGAUCUACGUAAAGGCCGCUCGUCGCCCCGGUGCGCUUCCGCGGCCGGAGCGAAGAUAGGGGCACCGAUAGCCCACAGCCUGGUAGAAGGGCCAGGGCGGCGCCAAGUCCGGGUAAAUCCGGCCCGCGAUGCCUCUCGAAGCCGGCACGCUCACCGCUUCCGUGAAGCAGUCAGGCCCCAGGGCCGCCGAGCUCUGAGGCCGCGCUCGUGCCAUGGCCGCCCGGGGAGGACCGGGCCCGGGCUCCCGGCACCGCGCGCUCCGCGGGCUGCUGCUGCUCUGCCUCUGGCUGCCCGGCGGCCGGCCCGGGGAGCCCGCCGCUCCGCCGUCCGGAGUGGAUAGGCUGCUUCAAGACUUUCGCCGACAGCUGCAGCGGGCACGGCCUCGCGAGGAGCUGGAGCCGGAGCUGCUGGGCGGCCCGCAGGAGGAUUGCCCCGGUGCGGACGGUACGGCGGUCUACCGGGCGGUGUCCGAUACCAUCAUCCGCACCCAGGACUCCAUCGCGGCGGGAGCCAGCUUCCUGCGCGCACCCGGGACCGUGCGGGGCUGGCGGCAGUGCGUGGCGGCCUGCUGCUCCGAGCCGAGCUGCUCGGUGGCGGUGGUGCAGCUGCCCCGGGGGCCGAGCGUGCCCUCACCCAUGCCGGCGCCUCGCUGCUACCUGUUUAACUGCACAGCCCGCGGCCGCAGCGUCUGCAAGUUCGCGCCGCUCCGCGGGUACCGCACUUACACCCUCAGUCGCGCCGGGGACGCCGCCGGGAUCUCGCCCGGGCCAGGUGAGGACGAGCCUCCAGUUAGCAGGGCUGGGAAGGAUGUGGUUUUGCGUCUGCCCACAGACGGGGUAGUUCUGGAUGGCCGAGAAAGCACAGACGACCACGCCAUUGUCCUUUAUGAGUGGACGCUGCAGCAGGGUGACCCGUUGUCAGUGGACAUGAAGGUGCCUCAGCCAGGAACCCUGAAGCUGUCCCACCUGAAGGAAGGAACCUACGUCUUCCAGCUGACUGUGACUGACUCCGUGGGUCAGAGAAGCUCCGACAACGUAUCUGUGACUGUGCUUCCCAGGCUCCGCUCCCCGGGAGGAUGCUCCAGUGCUUGCUCGCGAUACCAUUUCUUCUGUGACAAUGGCUGCUGCAUUGACAUCGCCUUGGCGUGUGAUGGCGUGAGGCAGUGUCCAGACGGUUCUGACGAAGACUUCUGUCAAAACUUGGCUCUUGACCGCAAGUUGGUGACACACACAGUGGCUACUUCUGCCCAGCCAGGAGCCACAGGAUUAAAUGAAGGUGAAGGAGACCCCUGGUUGGAGAAAUCCCAGAAAGCCACUACCCACAACCAACCAGCUACUGUAUCCCACCCAGAGAAGAGGAUCCAGCCCACCCAGAAGGCGCCAGAGAGUCAGAUCAACCCUGUCCAGCCAGACAGUAAUUCCUCAGGAAAGAAUCAAGAAGAAGAAAAAUACGAUCUCAAGUCUAAGAGUGACCAAGCACGAGGGGAGCACCCAGCCCCAGAAGCAGGUGCAGUGCUGCCCCUGGCACUGGGUCUGGCCAUCACUGCUUUGUUACUUCUCAUGGUGACAUGCCGACUCCGACUGGUGAAGCAGAAACUUAAGAAAGCCCGUCCCAUUACAUCUGAGGAAUCCGACUACCUCAUCAAUGGGAUGUAUCUGUAAUAAAGUUAUUUGCGUGGCUGGGGGCAGGGAUGGGCACCACUUACGAUCUGUUCUUUGGAUUCUAUCAUUAAGACACUCUGUUUUUGAACUGUGCUAGAAGACGGUGCAAACACAAGCCUUGGUUUAUCCUGAAAUCGUUUUCCGGGGAUGGACAGUGUCUUAAAGGGUAGAGAGGAAUUCGUGAGAUGGAAGCUUGCUUGCUGAGACAGAGAGCACGUCACGAGGUGACAGAGGGAAGUCCUGCCUUUCAUUUGUGAGGUGCCAACUGCUGGCCCCUAACAACUUCCCUUGUCUUCUGGCCCUCUUCUCCACUGAGUUCUCAUGAGCUCCACUUUCCUUUCCUCUGCCAAAUACCUCUGAGAAGGGACCUUAAGUGAAUUUACACUCAGUGAGACGUUACCAAUGGCAUGUCUGGAUGUUAUAAACAUCCUGAAUAGCUCAGCAAUGUCCUACAGUGGGGGAAUAUGGGUUCUCCACCCUGACCCACCCUAUGCUUCUGACAUCAGACCAUGGUAGUAGCUACCACAUCUGGCUGACCUUGGAAGAAUCCCUUUUGGUUAGGGGCGACUGUAGGUGGUCAUGAAAAGAGAGCAAGCUGGCAGCAAAGGAGAGGACCUGGCAGACAAAAGCAAAUAGAAUCCUGGCCAUGGGAUAUGUGAGGACAAUCUGCACAGUGCUGCUUCUUGGUGUGGAGUAGUGUGUGCAAAUUAUCAAUCCAAACAGCGAUGUCUGGGUGUUUGUGAAAGUGUCACCAAGUCCCGGUGUCACAGGCUUUUCAAUGGGAUGAGCCAGAGGCUUCCCUUCAUGUGUUCUGCAGGGCUGGAGGGACCCAGGAGCCUGUUUGUGCUAGGCAAUCACUCUACCACUGAUCUAUACCCCUGCCCUCACCAUUCUUUAUGUUAUUAAAAUGUUACAACGUACAAUCAGCUAAUGUCAGGAUGUAUUUACAAAGCAGGAAGCACUUUUGCACAAAUGCGCCUUUGUAGGAAACUAGCAUCCAUUUAGCAUCUUUAAGUUUGUAGACAGUAAAGGUAGACUUUCCUGUCGCCCACUCAGUGCCAGGUUAUGCACUCUAGAGGUCACUCUGAGGGGACUGCACAGUGUGGUGCCCAUUUAUAAUCACAAUGUUCCCAGUUUCUUUACCCUAAGUGGCAAACAUUACAAAACACUGAAAAACACCGUAGUCUCGUAGUCUCGUUACUUUAGACUCAAUGUAAAGUAGGUGGCCCCUUUAACAAGGGGUUUGAUUUUGGUGAGGGAAUAUAACCUAUUGAAAUGUAUUAAUAAAAGGGUAGUUUUAGAAAAACAAAUGUUUGCUUUUGUCUCUCGAGACUCUAACUCUAGCCUUUUCUGACUGUUUAGAGCUGAGCAAUAGAGAUGAACGGUGUGAGUGAACUCACCUACACUCUGUGAUGAUGUCCGGCUCACUUUUAUAGAGGUCACCUAUAGCCAUACCCAGUGAAUAGAAACUGAUAAGGCAUGUUUCUUUCUGCACAUCUUUUAUAUAAAAAGACGCUAACUACAAUCUAGUAUUGCUUUUGUUUUGAAGUACUUGAGAAAAGAUGCCUUGUAUGUUCCAGUCCUUUAAUAAACUAUUUUAUUCUUAUGCCUUUAAAAAA